GACGGCAGCUGAAGCUGGGCGGAUCUAUUUUUUCCCCCUUUACUUCCUUGCAGUCUGUGCGUCCCCCACAUUGCAGACAUCACGGAGCUUUCACUGAGCGCUGCCUCCUUGAACCCCCACUAUGGAAGGCCUGAAGGAACAGAGGAUGCUGGAUUUUGUUGUGGAAAAUGCAGUGCGUGGUGAUCCUCAGAGUGUGGUAGAUACUAUAGACAAUUUCUGCAGGAACAAGGAGUGGGCCAUGAAUGUGGGAGACGAGAAAGGUCUGAUCCUAGAUGAAGUGGUUAAAGAAACCGAUCCUUUGAUGGUAGUGGAGCUGGGCACGUACUGUGGAUACUCUGCUGUUCGAAUAGCUCGACUGCUGAAGCCGGGAGCUCGCAUCCUCACCAUGGAGAUGAAUCCAGUUCAUGCCUCUGUAGCCAGGCAGAUGAUUGAAUUUGCUGGAGUCAACAACACAGUUCAUGUACUGGAAGGGUCCACAGCAGAUUUCAUCCCGCAGCUGAAGCAAAACUAUGGCGUGGAUACGCUUGACUUUGUGUUUCUGGAUCAUUGGAAGGACCGAUAUCUAAUUGAUACCAAACUUUUGGAGGAGUGUCAGUUGUUGAGGAAAGGCUCCGUGUUAUUGGCAGAUAAUGUUGUCUAUCCUGGCAUCCCAGACUUCCUGGAGCACGUCAGGACCUGCGGCCGGUAUGACUGCACUAACUACCCAUCUCGGGUGCAGUACAUGAACAAAGAAGAUGCUCUAGAAAAGGCUGUAUUUAAAGGCUGCUUGUGACAGGAAAAAAUAGCCUCCAAAAACUGUGCAAGAAGGUCCUGUGUACAAGAAAAUGAUAUGCAGUCUGUCCAUUUUGGAAUCCCUGUUUACACCUAUAACAAUGGCCUCUUUUCAUUUCACUGUUAGACUGACGUGCCCACAUUCUAAUGCAUCCACAUUAUCAAAUAUACUCAUGUGAUUAUGGUGCUACCGGGGAACAGUCAUAGGUGCUUAGGGAAAGCCACAUGGUUUGUUUCCAUGACCCCUGUAUGCAGAUGGACUAAAACUAAUAACAAAAAAGCUACCUGUAAUAAAGAGGAAAACUACUGGGGGAAAAUCCAUUUUUGUUCUGCCUAAUAUCACCCCGGAUCAUUGUGUUUGCCUAAUGUGUAUCUGAGUUUUUCUGUACAUCUGUCCUUGCCUUUCCUCACGUUUAAAGGUUGGAAAAGCAUCUUACAAGGGAAAACCUACUAUUGCAUUUAGUUAAAAUUAUAUCCCUAAAUGCCAACUCCCACAAGUUUGUUCACAUUCCUAACAAAUAAACCACUUGUAGGAACACUCCCUGCUGAAAAGGAAACAGCACAAUACACAUUACACAUGUAGGAAUAUGGGCAAGUUCAUCAUGACUCUGCAAAUUAGGAUUUCUAUAGGUCAUUCUGAAGGUGAAGUAAAAGUUAAGUGAUUAAAAAAAGAGAGAUAAGCACUUCAAGCAUUCACAGAUAACCUGCACUCAGAGCAGAAGCUUUAUAUAACAUAAUAAAUAUUUGCAUUACAUAUAUCAGCUGGACACUCGGCUACAUAUUUAAGUGUAGCAUAUGCUCACUAUAACAUAUAUACAGUAUAUAUGCUUGCUAACACCAAAGCGGAAAUGUUACCAGUGGUCUAUAUUUUUUAUUUGUGGUUUUUGAAUAAUUUCGCUUUUUUGUUCAACAGACUGUAAUAUAAAUAUGAGGCCAUUAAUAGAAAAAUAAAAAAUAACAAGAAA